UGUGCAGCAGAGAGGAGUCAGCCACCAUCACCUGCGCUUCUGUCACAAGAAAACACACCCUUCCAUUUACUGGUAUACCUGUGUCUCAGGUGUCAGAGGAGAGAGAGUGUUUAACCCAGGCACUUUAGCCUACAGCACCUGAAGGACAGCCAUAGACACGAUUUGUGAUUUCCACCACAAAGCCCUCUCAUCCCAUGAGACUGGGCACAUCAUGAGAUCACAUUACAUAUUCCUACUUGUUUACCUCCUGGGGAUCUGCUAUGGAGCAUCAAAUGCACAAAGAAAUGAAACCUGUACUACAAGAGAAACCUGUGUUCAGGUGCCAGAUUCGACCUCCCACUUUCUCCAGUGUGUGGGAUUGCCAGCGACAGACACAGGAGGGGACCACAUGCGCAGGCUGAAAGGCAUGCUGGAGGCGACAAUGGAUGUGUACACCUUCAUGAGGUCCAGCAUGACAGGAGUGCCACUUCUCAACCUACAAGGGGCACUGGAUUUGAGGCCUGAUGUAGACCCCCUCCAGAAUGAAGCCCUGGUCCAGAUGUGGCUAGAGGUCAAGAUAAAACCGCUGCUGAAAUCCAUCACCAAACAGUUCCUGUCCUGCCUCAGCACCAAGAACUUCAGCUGUUCCACCUACCAGACUGUGGUGAGGGAACUAAGCCACCAUUUUUCUGAGAUGGACCCCAUCAGGCAAAAGUGGAUCUACACAUUCUUUAUGUACCCCUUCCUGUCCGAAGACAGAGUCGCUGGUUGUGUGAGCCCACAGGAGAGCAGUGAGGAGUGGCUGAUAAAGAAUUUUGGUGCCUUCAGUGCCAUGGCCCGAAUGAAGGACUUUUCGACACUCAACUUAGUCUUCAGUGGAUUGGAAGUUCUUCACCUGUUGUCACCAGCGCAGAAGGCCGAGCUUCUCCUGAGGCCUGAGGUCGCAGGUUUGGACAACGGCACCUUAUCCCUCGUCUUCCACAGUUUGUUGACAGGGGGGUCUGGCCCCCCUCCCACCAUGAGCCCUCCUGGUGGCCACAACUGGACGACCCCUAUAUCCAUCUAUCACCCGCAUCCUCCACAGCACCCAUUUGGAGAGGUUGUAAGCGGGUUCAUGGCGGCUUUCAGACCCAUUCAGAGCUUCGUUCAUGACUUUGUGUCCUUCACACAAGAGAGAGACGUGUCACAAAUAAGGAGUACCACUCUGACCCAGUUCCUGAUGAACUGGACUCUGGCUGAGCUGGCAGACAUUUACCGGCCGCAAAACGCAUCUGUUGUUCCAGAGACACCUAAUUUUGAUGUGAUGAAUGUGGAGGACUGGUACCGCCAGGUCGUGAUGCCACUUUUACGGAGGUUCUUGCCAAAUGAUGACGCCCUGAUGCAUCAAAACAUCACGCUCGCUUUCCACGAAGUGUUCUAUCUGGAUCAUGGCAAGGACACUGAAACCUCUGUAAUCCAGGAUGUCUGCAGCAUUACCCUUGAUAAGAGCCCUUGUGGGCUGACUGAUGCAGUGCAAAAUGUGGCCCAUGUUUUGCACUGCGCUGCUCGUACCAAUCUGACCAUGUCAGAGGCAACGAUCAUGAGACUGAUUGAAGAGCUGACACAGCGUCUAAACUCACUGAUCAUGGAGCUGUCCAAAGCGAACUUCAGAGAGUUGGCAUCUGACUUUAAUGAGAUCUUCCGUGAGGAAGAGUCUACAUCUCUGACAAAGGAACAUCUGCAGGAUCCGGACUUCAUCAAGCUCUGGUUCAAGAUCAAACUGAUGCCCCUCCUGCCUGACAUACCCCCAGCCCUUCUCUCCUGCCUCAGCACCAAGAACUUCUCCUGCCCUGUUUACCAAACCAUUGUCGCAGAUCUCAGCAAACACAUUUUCACGAGUUUCAUGGAUGCUGAUCCAAUGUACGGUCAAAACAUCUACAAGAACUUCAUCUUCUCCUUCCUGCUGCAGAACAACACCUCUGACCCCCAGUGUCUCUCCUCAGCCAAUAACAGUGCAGAGUGGCUCAAAAACAACUUUGGCUUCUUCUCGAGAUUCGCCACCGUCACAGAGUUCUACAUGCUCAACCCACACUUCUCUGGACUGGAGGUUCUUCACCUCUUGACUCCAAAACAAAUAGCAGAGAUGCUGUUGCUGCCUCUUCCUACUCCUCCAGAGAAAGAUGUUGUUAUCAACCAAGUGUUUGACUUCCUGAUGGAGUCCCCUGAACAACUUCCAGAGGUCCUACACCAUGUGGUUUUGCUCUCCAGAGAGGUCAAUCUGCCCUGUGGUGUCUACAAACACAUCUUUGAGCGGCUGUACAGUGCCAUACCAUCUCUGCCUGCGGACUUUGAGCCAGCCACCUGGGCUGGUAUAAAUGAACUGAUCAACAUCGCACCUGACGUGUGUGUGCCAGAGAUCACGUGCCCAGCAAUCCACUUCAAUGCUGCUGAAAUCUGCAGAGGAAUCGACAGCUCUGACCUGGAGUCUUACUUCAACACAUCAGGCUCUAUGGAUGUCCCCUGUAAUUUUACCCUGGAGAAAUAUGCAUGUGCACGGCUGGAGAACUUCACAGCCCAUCAGCUGGUGUCUCUCCUGAAGUGUGACCUGCCUGGAAACAGCAGCCACUCUGACGUGCUGUGGAAGAUGCUGCUCACUAAACUCUCCAAUGUCUUGAACCCAGCUCUGGACAUCCUGGCUAACAUGUCUAUGCCCAUGGUUGGUCCAUCAGCGUCUGAGGUUUUGGAUGUGAUUAGUGAGAUCAGAGUGUCGAUGCUGACCGAUGAGCAGCUGAUGAACAACAGAGAGAUCAGGAAGUGGUUCUCUGAGCGCCUGAGCCCAUUCCUGCCGUUUGCAUCAGGAAGGUUUCUGCAGUGUCUGACCCACAGGAACAUCAGCUGUCAGACGUACCAGCAGAUUGUCCAGAUUUUGAGUCAUCUCCAGUCACACAUGACACCACCCAGACAGAUGUCUGUCUACACACACUUCAUCAAGGUUUUCCUGACCAGGAACCACACUGCAGACCCCCAGUGUCUCUCCUCAGCCAAUAACAGUGCAGAGUGGCUCAAAAACAACUUUGGCUUCUUCUCGAGAUUCGCCACCGUCACAGAGUUCUACAUGCUCAACCCACACUUCUCUGGACUGGAGGUUCUUCACCUCUUGACUCCAAAACAAAUAGCAGAGAUGCUGUUGCUGCCUCUUCCUACUCCUCCAGAGAAAGAUGUUGUUAUCAACCAAGUGUUUGACUUCCUGAUGGAGUCCCCUGAACAACUUCCAGAGGUCCUACACCAUGUGGUUUUGCUCUCCAGAGAGGUCAAUCUGCCCUGUGGUGUCUACAAGCACAUCUUUGAGCGGCUGUACAGUGCCAUACCAUCUCUGCCUCCGGACUUUGAGCCAGCCACCUGGGCUGGUAUAAAUGAACUGAUCAACAUCGCACCUGGCGCGUGUGCACCAGAGAAUAUCACGUGCCCAGCAAUCCAUUUCAAUGCUGCAGAAAUCUGCAGAGGAAUCGACAGCUCUGACCUGGAGUUUUACUUCAACACAUCAGGCUCCAUGGAUGUCCCCUGUAAUUUUACCCUGGAGAAAUAUGCAUGUGCACGGCUGGAGAACUUCACAGCCCAUCAGCUGGUGUCUCUCCUGAAGUGUGACCUGCCUGGAAACAGCAGCCACUCUGACGUGCUGUGGAAGAUGCUGCUCACUAAACUCUCCAAUGUCUUGAACCCAGCUCUGGACAUCCUGGCUAACAUGUCUAUGCCCAUGGUUGGUCCAUCAGCGUCUGAGGUUUUGGAUGUGAUUAGUGAGAUCAGAGUGUCGAUGCUGACCGAUGAGCAGCUGAUGAACAGCAGAGAGAUCAGGAAGUGGUUCUCUGAGCGCCUGAGCCCAUUCCUGCCGUUUGCAUCAGGAAGGUUUCUGCAGUGUCUGACCCACAGGAACAUCAGCUGUCAGACGUACCAGCAGAUACUGCAGGUAUUUAUUCACCAGUUUGAUGACAUGACCUUAAAACAGCAGCACAUGGUCUUGAAGGAUUUCGUCCUCCGUUUCCUGUCACAACCACACUCAGGUCCAGGAUGUGUGAACGGCUCCAUGGGCAGUGCAGAGUGGCUAAUGGAGAAUCUGGGUCCAUUUUCACAGUUUUUGACUCUUGGAGAGCUGCUGCAUCUCAACCCACGCUUCAACCCAAUGGAGGCCCUACGACUCCUGACUCCAAAGCAGAGUGCAGAGCUGCUUGUGUUGAGCCUUCCUAAUCUUCCAGAGAAAAGCGUCAUCAUCAAUAUGCUGUUUGAUUACCUGACUGAGCCUCCUGAGCAUCAGAAGUUUUCCGAGUUCCUGUCCAACCUCGUCCCGCUCCUUCAAAGGGGAAACCUCUCCUGUUCAUCAUACGAAACACUGUUUGCCAGAAUGGACUUGGCCAUGCCUAUAGUUCCUCUUGAUAUAGCUUCAGUCAUCACCUACAGCAAGAUGGCCUUAUCCAAACACCUGCCACCAGGUUGCAUCAUGUACAGUGGAGAGUGCAGUGUUACCAUGACAAAUGAAACCGACAUUUGUGUUGGAGUGAAUAGCACAAUGGUGCAGCGCCUCCUCGACAGCGGGAAGAUGAAGGGACGUUUCUGUGACUUUGCCGUUGAGGAAUUUGCUUGCGCCUCGCUGUCAGCCUUAACAGCAGAGGAUCUGGCAGCGAUGCUGAUGUGUAAUCGCUCCUCCAACUCCAGCGGGUCCAGACCUGUGUGGAAGCUUCUCCUCUCCAAAGCCUCUCUUGUGCUUAAUGAAGCUCUGGAUCUUCUUGCCAGCAAGACUCUGGACCCCCAGAAUCCUGCAUUGCCAAUGAUUCUGGACUCUAUACGAGAAAUCCGACUGGACGCCUUCAGCAUAGCCAGCCUCAAUAAUCCUGCCUUCAUCCAGCAGUGGUUCAACAGCCGGCUUCGCCCCUUCCUGCCUGCUGUUUCCCCUGACUUCCUGUCGUGUCUCACCACAAAGGGAUUGAACUGCAGCACCUACCAACACAUUGUGAAGAUUUUGAGUCAGCUCCAGCCAGACAUGACACUACCCAGGCAGAUGUCUGUCUACACACACUUCAUCAAGGUUUUCCUGACCAGGAAUGACACAGACCCCAGCUGUAGUUUACACACUAAAAACAGUGGAGAAUGGCUGCAGAUGAACCUGGGAGGUUUCUCCAGCCUCGUGUCCUUCCACGACAUACAGAUGCUCUACUCCAACUUCUCAGCGAUGGAAGCCUUGCCACAGCUGACAGUCAGACAGCUAGCAGAGGUGUCUGCCACACCUGGCCAGCUCACCUCUCCUGCCCAGGUCCAAAUGGUGAUGAAUCACGUCCCCAGCCAACAACUCCCAGCCUUCUUUGAUGACUUCUCACCUGCUAUCAUGGGUCAUGAAAACAUGUUCUCCCCUCCAGUGAGGUCAGCCAUGCUACAAGUUGUAUUUGAUCGCGCAAAUCUCUCAGAUCACUCAGUGAGUGACGCAGUUGUGUUGCUGUGGCUCCAAAAGCGACUGCGCCCCCUGCUGGUCAACCUGUCGCCGCAGCAUGUUGCACCAUUCUUUGGAAUACUAACAGGAAGGAACUGCAGUAUCGAGCAGCAGGGAGUAGAGGACCUGAAUUCAACAAUCUCAUCUCUGAAUGAAGAUACAAAGAAAGAGAUCUACAACCACAUCAUUCAGACUCUCAGAGGACCAGUACCUCUCCGCUGCUAUGGCGACAACUACAACCACAGUUUCUACAGUUUCAUGGAACGUUCAUUCAUGGGAUUCCAGUUCCCCAACCUGACCACAUUCCUGUCGCUCAUGCCUCAUGACAGAAUGCAUCAGUUGGUGAACUCCAUGCCUCCUUCAGCUGUGGGGGAUCUCCUCCGUCGCCCUGAUGUUGUUGACAAUGACGCACAGCUCUGUGUGCUCUACAACAACUACGUCCAGAUACAAACGUUCCUGGAGAUCGAGUCUCUCCCAGAGGUGGUGGGGCAGCCCACAUUGCCUUGCGUCUGGCCCAUGGCCCUUAGAAGCUCCAAGAGGUCAGAGGUCAACACUUGGUUUGACCGAAGCCUCCACAACUACCUGGUCUUCCUCACCAAGAGUCUGAUCAGCCCCAGCAUCACAUACAACGCCACGUGUCUGGCCUUCCAAAAGCUCGUUUCAGUUCUUGGUGAAUACAACUACACCGCUGCAGACUUCGUGAGGCAAGAUGUGUUCAGCACCAUCAGGGUCUACCUCACCUCAGCGACGGUGCCAAGGUGUUACAAUCCGAGCGACCCAGAACUAAACUCUACAGCCUGGUUUGCUGAGUACAUCGGUCCUUUCAUACCCUUCCUCACGCUGGAGGAUCUUCAGUCGUUUGGAUCAGCAGAGGUUAUCCAGGUGUUCACAGUGAACCCUCUGAAUAUCGCCCUCCUCAACCACUCCGCCUUACCUCUCAACCUCACCAACUACUACACUGAGCUUGUUUAUCAGCAGGACAGCAACUUCAACCCCUUAUACCUGCCUCUGCUGUUUCGGUGUGUCGCUCCUGGUCAAGCCUUCGUGCAGCUGAAUGCAGAAGAAAGUAUGAUAGUGCUGCACAACCUGACCACUCUCUGUACAAACCUGGACCCGCAGGUUGCUGCAGCUUUGGCGAGUAACUUUGGUGACAACAUUGAUUCCACGGCCAUUUCUGCCCUGGGCAAGGAAAGCAUCGGCAUUUCCACAGGCCAGCUCAAGACAAUAAAGCCUAAGGACCUCUUUGAUUCCUUGACCAUCCUCAGCACUGUUAAUGGCUGGAACUCAGGUCAGGCCAAGGCCAUUAUCCAGAGUCUGAUGUCUUCAGGGUUCCUGCAGAUCAACAGCAUGUCAUCGCUGUUUACACUGGGCUCUCUUAUUGUGGGUGUUCCUGCUGGAGUGUUCACCACCAUCAGUGGCUCCCAGCUUAUUUCUGCAUCUCAAAAUCCUUCAUUCCUGACAUACUUCUUGACAGUUCCACAAGUUGUCAGAGAGACCUAUGUUACUCAGAUCAUAAAAGUGAACAGCAACAGUGAGACGAUCAUACAGAAUGUUCCAGAUGAAAUGGCUACUGAGAUCCCUCGAACUAUGCUGCUGGGCUUCUCAAAUAACAACAGCGUUAUCAAAAGGCUGAACAAGAAGAAAUGGAAAAAGCAGCAGGUUGAGUUAUUCUUCGAUGUAAUUGCUGUGGAAGGCUCAACCACAGAGCUGGGAGGUGUAAACAAUUUGUCAUCCUCUGUGCUGCAAGGGUUCACCUGCACCACAGUGAGGACUGUUAAAAAGGUGCAGAUCAAGAAGCUGAUCAAAGCCUGUCGGAGGAGAGGCAACAACAAGGUCUUACUGGCGGAAACUCAGCUGACUUGCAUGUACAACUACAUUAAAGCAGACUCAGAUGUCACCAGCUUUGACCUCUAUCCUCCUGAUGUGCUGCUGUACUACGAUUACACUCUGGUGCCACGGGCCAGCUGCAGGUCCUAUUUCGAACAGCUGGCAGAUGCAGACUUCUCUGUCUUCUCCUCUGCCCUCAGUUACAAACGUACUGCUCUGUUUAAUAAUGCCAGGAGCUGCCUCGGUAUAACAAACACGAGUUUGACGAAGGACGAUAUAAUGGUGUUGGGAAACAUGUGCUGCACUCUGGAUGGGUCCUACAUCGAGAACUCUGACUCGUCCAUUUUAGAAAAACUCAAUAACUGCCCAGAUCUCAACGAUGGCCAAGCUUCUGCUGUUCAAACCCUGCUGCUGAGCGGGAAAACACAGUACGGGGUUCCAUCAACAUGGAAUGAACAAACUCUGCAAGACCUUGGGAUGUUACCGCUGUAUAUGAAAUCAGCUUUCUAUGACAACUUUGACAAAAAAACGAAGCGAAGGUUCUUGAAGUUCUUCUUGAAAGUUCUCAAGAAAAACGGAGUGGGCAGGCGGAAGAAGAGGAUGCUGAAGAGAGAAAUAAGAAAGUCCAUCAGAAAUAAGGCAAAGCGAUCCAUAGUCAAUGAGUGCACUGUAGGAACGAUCACCCAGGUGACUAUCAGUGAUGACACGUUCCCCUUCGAUUAUGACGACAUAAAUCAGUUCAACUGCUGUCUCAGUGCCGCCACUGUUCAAGAAAACUUGGAUGCCAUUACUACCAAGGUGGACCAGGAGGAAUACCUCAUGAUUGUUCUCAGCAAGCUGCAAGAGGCUUAUGCUGCCAGCUCUACCAUCCCAGAAGACCAGGUUCAGCUCUUAGGCCCAGCGUCUCGUUUGGCCACUGUUGACAACAUCAACACGUGGAGUAUCACUCAGAUCGACACACUCUCUUCUUUGAUGGACUCGUCAAAUGGGGAAUGGGACCCGAGUCUGGCUAGAGCCAUCAUCUCUAAGUAUCUGAGCGUGGCGGGGAAUAAACUCGGCAGCACAGAGCUCAACACCAUCGGAGGAGCCAAUCUGUGCUCCCUGGACGUCAACGUUUUGAAGAACAUUUCCCAACAAAGCCUCAAAGAGGCCAACGCCCUCACAGUGUCCAACUGCACCAUAGAGAAAAAGAAAGAACUGUUCAACAUUGCAGAACAAGCGUUUUCCGGAAGCACACGAGCAACUGCCACCUUAUCCUCCUACCAGCUCACAAAAACGUAUUUGGAGGGUGCAUCUUUAGAGUAUAUCAAAAGUUUGGUGUCCUUAAAUGUCAGCAUGGACAUGGCUAUCUUCACCAGUCUGCAGGAGAAUGUUGUACUGAAUCUGACUGUUAAUGAAGUUAAAGAUCUUCUUGGGACCAACCUGCCCGAAUUGAAGUCUUAUGAAAAUGAAACGCUGGUACAGACCUGGGUCCGCAGCCAGCUGCAGUCAGAGCUUGACACGCUGGGAAUAGGGAUUAAUGGAGGAAGGGCUAACCCCACAACCACCACCAAAUCUCCCUCUACCACCACCAGCACCUCAUCAUCAACCUCAACAACCACUGCUGGGUCUGGAUCCAGCAGCUCCACGACCUCUACCACCACAGGUAAUGGUACCCGCAUCCGAGCGGACGCCGGUCUCUCCCUCCUUGCUGUCCUCGCGCUCCUCAUCAUGUCUCAGCACAUUGUGGUGUGAAAAAGCAGGAAAUUCACCAUCCAGAAUUGUGAAGUGGAAAAGAUGAUGAAAUAGUGUUUUUAUUUAUCACUAACAGAAGAAGUUAAUGUUAAGGAAAUAAUGCAGACAGCCAGGGUUACCUCAAACCACAAGUGACAUAAAAUGGCUUCAUGCUACUAUGAAAGAAAUAUUUCUUGUGCAAUAACAACAAAGUAGAUGUACAUAAUAUAUUCUUUAUCGGUUAAUUCUUCAGCUGCAAGGUACCCUUUAAACAUGUCUUCAUAUCACUUUUAUAGCUCUUAUAUUUGCUUUAUUUGUGUUUUUGGUCUUUCUUCCAGAAGCUUCCGUUGUUUUAAUUGCUGGAAUGAAGGUUAAACAGACAAAUGAAGGUGACUGUUUCUGCUGGAUUUGUGUUGUUAUAAUCCACAUUUUGAGAUUGCACUUUCUGGCAGUUUACCUUGAAAAUGCCUGGAGCUUCAUGAGAUUAAUGAUAAAUGUAUAUUGUUUAUCUUUGUACAAUCAUUAAAGCUCAUCACUUUCUUAGAUACAAUUUAUUAAUAUUGAAGGAUGAAAAGGAAAUAUGUUGUGAGAGAGUCACAUUAUUUUAUCUGUUCAGUAACAUCAACACCACAAACAACUGUAGUUAUAAAAUCAUCAUGAAUGUAUAAGUAAGGCUGAGCUGUCUCCAGGGUAACUUUGCAAAUAACAAGAGAACAAGAGGCAUGAGUAAACAUACAAUGUCAGUGGCAACCUUAAUUUCUGUCAGAGUGUAAUUAAAUUUUCUGAAGUCA